ACUGGCUCCCGGGACUGAAGAUAAAUAAUUGCAGUGGUAGAGGCUGGCAGGGGACUGGGUGUGUGCGUACUGUGUAGAGUAUGUGUGUGUGUGUGAGAUGUGCUGCGCUGAGAGACAGACUAUCAGAUGGAAGGCACUGUAAGAGAGGAGCGUCCAGGGGACUUGAAAAGCAGACCAGGGGUGAUUCAGGAAGACUGAGCCUGGGAGGAGAGUGAAGCUCUGGUAGCCGCUCCGAGCUCUUUCUGUCCCUUUCUCCCUGGGGUGGGAGUCUGGACUGACCUUGACUACACUAGGCACUGCGUAGGAAGGAACUACACAGGCUGGUGUGCAGGAAAGCAAUCUCUUGAACACAAACGCACACACUCUCAGAGAUGAGUAGUGCAGAUAUUUUGGCACUCUGCUGUGGUGGGAUGAUGGACGGCUCCCCGCGGUACCAGACCAUCCCCUCGCGGUGUUCGGUAUGUGGGAGGCACACGCGUGGCGCUUCCUCCAUGGUGCGUAUCUCUGCCGGGGAGAUGGAGUCCUACCACCGCUUUCUGGGGGUGUGUCAGAAGACUGAGUCAGCCACAGGGAGAAAUGAGAUCAUGCAGCAGGAGAUCAGGCCCUUGCUGGCUGUCGACAUCAUAGAGCAGCUGCACCGGCAGUUUGCCCUGCUCUCAGGAGGAAGAGGGAAAGAUGGUGCCCCAAUCAUCACCUUCCCGGAGUACUCAGGCUUCGGCGACCUCGUAGCGGAGGACUUCCAGAAUGUUGUAACAUAUCUGACCAGCAUCCCCAGUUUGGACGUGGCCAGCAUCGGUUUCGUUAUAAUCAUCGACCGCAGGCGGGACAAAUGGAGCUCAGUGAAGGCCUCGCUGGCGCGGAUAGCGGGGGCAUUUCCAGGGAACCUCCAGCUGGUGUUGGUGCUAAGGCCCUCCCGCUUCUUCCAGAGGGCCAUCGCUGACAUUGGCAUUAAGCUGCACCGGGAUGACUUUAAAAUGAAGGUACCGAUUGUGAUGCUCAACUCCCUAUCUGACUUACAUGGCUACGUGGAUAAGGGCCAGCUAACAUGUGAGCUUGGUGGGAACCUGGACUACUGUCACAGCCAGUGGAUCCACCGCCGGACAGCCAUUGAGAACUUUGCUGUGACGGUGAAAACCACGGCUCAAAUGCUGCAGAAGUUCGGUACAGACCUGGCAGAGACGGAGCUGCCCAAUGAUGUGCAGUGCACCAAAGACCUCCUCACUACUCACACUGAGAAGCACGACAAACUCAAGGAUGAACUGAAAUUAGCGAUGAAACAGGGAACCACUCUACUGGGCUGUAUCAAAGAGCAGGCUGCCAAGUCUGAGAACCACCAGCUAAACCCAGACGAGAUGGAGAACCACAUCACUGUGGAAAGGUUGUUGGCCCAGCUAGAUGAGACAGAAAACGCUUUUGAACAGUUCUGGUCUAAACAUCACCUCAAACUGGAGCAGUGCCUACAGUUCUGCCAUUUUGAGCAUGACUUCCGAGAGGUGAAAGUGUCAUUGGACAGUCUGAUGGCGACUCUGACAGCCCUGUCAGAUAUUGGGGACUGUGUCACCCUGGUAGAUAUGUUACUGAAGGACCUCAAGACCUUAGAGGAGAAGGCUCAGGAGUCGUUAGAGAAGGCCCAGCUCCACGCCCUACACGGGGACCAGCUGAUUCAGAGCAACCACUAUUCUGUGGACUCCAUACGGCCCAAGUGUGUAGAGCUCCGACGCAUCUGUGAUGACUUCACCAACGAGGCCCAGAAGAAGUACGACGUCCUCUCCAAAUCACGCCAAAUACACAAAGGCAUAGACAAGGUGAACCGGUGGUGUGAGUCGGGGGUGUACCUGCUGGCCUCUCAGGCUGUGGACAAGUGCCAGUCCCAGGAAGGGGCUGAGGCAGCCCUGCAGGACAUUGAGAAGUUCCUGGAGACGGCCAAGGAGAACCAACUGAGUGACCUCAAGAACAUCCACAACCAGUAUGAGCUAGUCCUCAACGUUGAAGUCAAGGCUAAUGUACAAAAGGCUCUAAAGAGGCUGGACGAUGUACAGGAGAUGUUUGAGAAGAGACAGGUUAGUCUGAAGAAGCUGUCAGCCAAACAGACCCGACCCGUCCAGCCUGUGGCCCCCCGACCUGAGUCCUCUCCCAAACGGCCUGCGCCCCACAAAACACCCAGGACCACCUGCCCUGCCCCUGCCCUCAGUCGAAGGAUCUCAGAGAACUCUAGUGCCACAAAGCAGCCCACGGAAGCUGAGCUUGCAAAAAGGAAAAAUGUAAGCCGCAAAGUCAAAGGGAGCCUCAAGAUUGAGGUAAUGCAUGAGGCAAGCCAGGGAGGCUCCAGCCACGUCCUGGUGACGAACGAGACAGAGGAGAGUCUUUCAAACAGACGGAGACACAUCAUGAAUGAGCUGAUUGAAACGGAGAGGCUGUACGUCGAGGAGCUGCAGAGCAUCAUGGAGGGAUAUGCUGCCGAGCUGGACAACACAGAGCUUUCCCCCCUCAUCCCCGCAGCCCUGGAGAACAAGAAAGAUGUACUGUUUGGCAAUCUCCCAGAAAUAUAUGAAUUUCACAACAGGACAUUUUUCAAAGAGCUUGAAAAUUGCAUGGAAAGGCCAGAAUUGGUAGGGACCUGCUUUUUGAAAAGGAAAGAAGAGCUGCAGAUCUAUGAGAAGUAUUGUCAGAACAAGCCUCGAUCAGAGGCACUGUGGAGACAGUGUGGAGACAGCCUGUUCUUCCAGGAAUGUCAGAAGAAGCUGGACCACAAACUCUCCCUGGAUGCUUAUUUACUCAAGCCUGUGCAGAGGAUCACCAAGUACCAGCUGAUGGUCAAGGAGAUGCUGAAAUGCAGUAAGAACCAGGAAGGUACUGCUGAAUUGGAGGAGGCCCUUGCCACCAUGCUGGACAUCAUCAAGUCUGUCAAUGACUCCAUGCAUCAAAUUGCCAUAACGGGAUUCGAGGGGAACCUUAGUGAGCUGGGCAAGCUCCUGAUGCAGGGCUCAUUCAACGUGUGGACGGACCACAAGAAGGGCCACAGCAAGGUGAAGGACCUGGCUCGCUUCAAGCCCAUGCAGAGGCACCUGUUCCUCUACAAUAAGAUGCUGAUUUUCUGUAAGAAGCGGGAGGAGACCACGGACGGACACGAGAAGCCGUCCGCCUCCUACAGCUUCAAACACUCCCUAAAGAUGAGUGCUGUAGGAAUCACCGAAAAUGUCAAAGGAGACAUUAAGAAGUUUGAGGUCUGGUAUAACGGCAGAGAGGAAGUUUACAUCAUUCAGGCUCCCUCCAUGGAUGUGAAGAACAUGUGGGUGUCAGAGAUCCGGAAAGUUCUGACAGGCCAGCUCGAAGCGUGCAGAGAGGCUAGUCAACUCCAUCAGAAGAUCACUGAGAAUGUGUAUCAUGCUCCCAUGAGAAACAUGCGCAAAAUGGCCCUGAGGCAGUCGGACUCGUCUAGCCCGGAGACAGGCUUCAGGAGGAGCAACCCCAGCCCCAACAUGAGACAGAAACGAGCCGAGGCUCCAUCUAAGGAGACAGAUGUCACACGCCGCUUCUCUGUAGCCUCCUCUAUCAGUGUCUCUGCCACCAGCCGCACAAAAGGUCCUCCUUCAACUAAUGUUAGAAAGACCAAAAGACAUGAGAUAAAAAGUGAUCCAACACCAUUCGGUUAUGAAGAUACAUUACGCGGUGCUAUCCCUGCUGCGAGCAGACACAAAGGCACCACAGGCACAGAUUCAGUCGUGCCUAGAUCCACUUCUCAACCAGGCUGGACCCAACAGUGUUUGCCUUCAAUGGACACAGAGGACUUUGAAACCAUCCAUUCAAGUGCAGAGGAGCUCUCCAACUCUUCAGAUGGCGAGGAUGAGUCCAGUAAUAAAAAUGACCAUGAUCGCUUCCGUGUCCAAUUGACAUACGAGUCGAGGACGGCACAGGACCUGUCUCUGGAGUCAGGAGAUUUAGUACAGUUCCUGGAGGAGGCAGAGGAUGGCCACUGGCUAGUCAAGAAUCUUAUUCCUCAGAAGACAGGUCUGGUACCGCCCAGUGUACUUCAGACAGCAGCAGGAGGUGGUCACUCAUACAGUAACACUACUGAUAUCUUCAGUGACAUGUGCACAGCAGCUCUGUCUGACUCUGAGGAAAAUGAAAACCCUAGGUGGGGAGAUGUAUCUCAGGACAGCAGAUAGGCACGAUGGAGCAUUUGGCCAUGAACUUCUGGAACAUGCUGGUAGCCCAACUUGGUAAAUCUUCACAGUGGGGCAUCGAUUUCAGCUGCUGUGCUCAGACAGAAAACUACAAGUCUGAAGUCAAGUCAAUAGUGAAAAUUAGAAUAAAUGCCAAACUGUUUUGCCCUGCUUCAGCUGCUAAGGUUAAAGAAAGUUACUUUUAUCAGCAUUUUGUCAUGUCUCAAAACCUGAAUAUGAUCUGCUAGUCAGUGCUGUCAAAGAAACUCUGCUGUGGCUUUGCUGCACACCAUACUCCCUCCUGUGGCUUAAUCAUGUAACCGUUGUGAGGAGGGUCAUCCUGGACACAUAGUGGACAAAGAAGUGCUACCAUGGAAACUGGAUCUCUCCAUCAAGGGGGAAAAUGCUUCACCGAUAGACUCAAUUGGAGACGGGCUAAGACCUUAACAUUUAAACUUCCUGAAACGUUGAUGUUUUGUCCUGCUGAAUUGUCUGCCAGUUCAGUUGUUUUAUAAAUAACUGAGGGAAUUCUCAUUUUGCAUGAAGAUAUACUUUUCCCUGAACAACAACAUACAGUACAUAGAUAUUUACUUCAUCUUAUGUACAUACAUAAUAUAUAUAUAUUUUUCCACUAUUGUAAAAUAUGUGUAUAACUAUUCUGUAAAUUCUCAUCUGAUCAUUGUAAAAGUAUUCAUGCCAACUUCUUUCAAAUUUUGGCUUGUGCCUCUAGUGGAUUAAUCUCAAAUGUAUGUCCUGGUUAAAUGUUAGUGAAUUCACUCAUGAAAUACCAUCUUAUGGUCGAUUGUGAUUACAAGCAUUGCACAUAGCCCUGAACAUAUUUUAUUAAUCUACUAGAAAUGUGGUAUCAUUGUACAGAAAAUAUUCCAGUAGUACUGUACAGCUUAUUUGGAAGUUGUAUUGCUAUACACUACAGCCCCAAUAUAGAAUGUUUUAAUAUUAUGUAUAUUUAAGAACAUAGCUUUGACCAUCAGUGAUAUGACUCAUAUGAUCAAUCAACUGUUCAUCUGACUUUUGUUUAAAUAUCAUUGUUUCUAAGCCAUAUAAUGGCAUUAAAUGCCCCAGAUAUGGUAUAACAGCAUACAUGAGAUUGUAUCGGGCCACAGUAUAGCAAUCUUGUAAUAUAAAGCGCUUCAAAAGGCUGUAUUGCUACUGCAAACAUUUUUUUGCAUGUAUUUAUUUGACCAUUAUAUCCGGGUAAGUCAUUGAGAACAAAUCAUUAUUCACAAUAGCAUAUUAUUCAAUGAACUUGUCGCAUUAACUCAAUGUAAUUCAAUCUCUUCCGAAUGCCCAUCAAGGAGUUCUAACAAUUUGGGGUGUUUAAGAAUAGUAAGACAUUGAAAGGCAUAAGCACAUGCACAAAGGGACUGAAGACAGAGGAAACUCUAGAUGGAAUGUAAAGAAGAGGUCUGGAUUUGUUUUUCAUAACCAAAAAUGUUGUGUUCCUAAUCUCUGAGACCAGACCUCUGCAAAAAAUAUCACUAAGACGUUAUGAAAUUCAGCCAAAAGGCAAUGAAUUCUCACGAAGCACAAAGCGACUGCCUUUUUAGACAGAGGUGCUGGACUCAUUUAAGAUGAGUUACAAUGAAAUGCCAUUGAAUCUGAGUGAAUUCAGAAUGCAUCUGUGACUGUUUUCUAUGGAUAAGUGUACAUUACUUUUCUGUCAUUUUAAGUAUAUAAUGAAAUGCAUGCAUCUUGAAAGCCAAUGUUAAUUUCUGCUCUUUUGUCAGUGAUCAAUGCUGUUUCAGGUAUAGCAGAACACAACCAGCCCACUAUAUCAUUAUAAUUCCUGCCUACCCAUUGCUACUUCCUCAAGGGAAAGAAGAAAGCCAUUAAUGUUAGACUUAAAAGCAUAAUGUAUUCCCUCAGUUGGUGACUGGUACUAACUUUUUAUCUGCUUUCUCCUACUGAUAUUAAAUCAUAUUUUAAAGAAUCACAUUAUAACAUUUGAAAUGCUUAAAAGAUCUAGUCUCUGGCACCAAUAGCCUUAUUCAUAGCAUAUGAAAAGGAUGACAAAUUCCUUCUAUUCCCUCAUCCAAAACAUGAACCUGCCAUUUAAGUGCACCAACAGACAUCUUUACAUAACUGUAAACACAAUUUUAGAUGCAAAGUUUGAAAGAUAUGAACUUCUUAUUUGGCCAAAUUUCCUUGCCGGUGAGUAUCAUCCAGAUUUUAUUUAACUAGGCAAGUCAGUUAAGAACAAAUUCUUAUUGACAAUAACAGCAGGUUAACUGCCUUGUUCAGGGACGGAACAACGUAUUUUUACCUUGUCAGCUCAGGGAUUUGACCUUUCGGUUACUGGCCCAAUGCUCUAACCACUAGGCUACCUGCCACCCCAGAUUUAAAGGCAAUAAACGUUUAACAUUUGAUCAUUUACACUAUCUUUAUAGUUUCCAUUGGCAUGUAAUACAGUAUGGCAUUCCUGAGCUUCACUUCAAUAAAGUCUUCCAAAACAUC